AUGUCUUCAUCCGUCCACCCCGUCGCUGACGCAUUCUCAACCUCCGGCUCCUCCGGUUUAUACGAAAAAGCACGCCCCUCAUACCCAGCGGAAUCGCUUUCCAAAAUCUUCACUGCGUUUCAUAAAUCCAUUGAAAAUAAUAAAACGGAUGGUGGAAUCAAUGUUGUCGAAUUGGGUGCCGGUACUGGAAUCUUUACGCGGUUACUCAUUUCCCCGCCAGAAACUACACCAGAAAUACCACAAAUCAACAAGAUAGUAGCCGUAGAACCCGGUCCGGGUAUGCGAGAAGGGUUCAUAUCUGCUCUAACGAAGAAGAAUAUCCCCGUUGGUACUACUGGAGUUAAGGGUGAAGAAAAGAUCCAGAUUUUACCUGGAACUUUCGAUUCCAUCCCUGUUGAAGACGCGUGGGCGGAUGGGAUUGUUAUCGCUCAGGCAUUCCAUUGGUCUCAUGGACACUAUGAAAAUGCAUUGAAAGAGAUAGCAAGAGUGUUAAAACCGGGUGCUCCGUUGGUAUUGAUCUGGAAUCUUGAAGAUAGGAGUAUACCUGAGUUCCACCCAUGGGUUGCAAAACUAAGGGAUAUCUACGAACAAUACGAAAAUGGGACGCCGCAGUAUAGGUUGGGAUGGUGGAAAGCUAUCUUCGAUCUACCAGAGUAUAAGGAGUUGUAUCAAGAAGAGUAUGAGAAAUACAAGGUCCAGCGGUUAUUGUCGGCGACGGUCGAUGGAGUGGUUCAGAGGAUUUUGAGUAAGAGUUAUAUUACGGCGUUGAGCGAGGAGGACAAAGUACAGGUUGAAAAGAAUGUUAGAGAGGCUAUGGAGAAAGAAAGAAAGGAGUGGGAUGAUGAGGGGAAGGGGGUGUUUAAGUAUCCAUAUGCGACGGAUCUGUACAUUAUUUGGAGGAAGUAG